AUGAAAUUUAAUAAUGUGUCUCGGUGUUCAACAUCUACUUUGCAAAGUAGAUCCCAUUGCAGAGAGAAAGUAGUUGUUGGUCAGUCAUUUCAUGAAAUGAACAGCAGAAGUAGUAGUUCAAAUUCAUUGUCGUCAUUUGAUGGAGUUUUACAACAAGAUGAUAAUAGUAUGGUGGUACCGAAUAUUUUAAAUGUAGUAUCGCGUUUGUUGGAUGGUGAACCAUUAGAGUCAUUAAAACGACAAUCUGUUGUUGUUGUUGCUGAUGCUGGUACUGUUGACGAUGUAAAGGAUGAGCAACAGCAACAACGUGCAGAUCUCUCAGGGUUAUUCGCAACACUGUACGAUAUGAUAACCAAACCAGAUGGUGCUCUAAGCACUACCUUUGAUGAAAUCUAUUGGGAUUUGGUACAUUCCUUAAUCACCUCACUCGAUGAGUCAUCUCAUCAAUGGAAUCAAAAGAAUCCAACUCAAGUCAAUCAAGAAUCUUCAAAUAUAUUAAAGAUAUUAAAUUGGAUGUCAUUAAAUACAAGUCCAAGAGAAUUCCUAUUGGUCAUUGAAGAAUUGUAUGAAUCUACAUUCUAUGAAGUAUCAUUCUUUACAAGACUUUCACUUGUUGGAUUGGUUCAAAAUGCUUUGAAAAGAAUUGCAGUUGAAAAGAGAUAUCAUUUCUUUACUUCUUUGUUGCCUAUGAUUAUGUCAUUGAUUCAAAACGAUAAGGACAGUGACAGUAAUAGUACAAAGCUAAAGGAUAUGAGUGUAAAUAGCGAUGGUUUCAACGGUAAGACAGAGAAGAAAGACGGUGAAGAAGGUGAAGAUGGAAACGAUGAAGACGAUGAACAGCAACAACAGGAAGAAGAGGAUGAUAGACAAUCAUUGAAGAUUCAAAACAGUGGAAAUGAAGAGGAACUUCAACAAAAGAAUACCGACGAAGAUUUGAAAUGGGAGUAUCCAUUGUCUUGUAUAUUAAACUUCCUUCAGCAAUUCAUUGGUGAUCUCAAUAUUGAAGCCGGUGAUAAAGCACAUCUCCAACAACAACAUCUAUUCCUCCAAUCGAUUGUUCAGCUAUUGGGUGAAGAUAAUAUAGUGAAUCCACCACAACCACUUCAACAUAGCAAUGGACAAUCUUUAUUAAGUUUUAUUGGUGUAAGCAGAGAUCGAUCAUCAAACAUCUCUAGAAAUGAAUUAUUAAAUUUAAUGGAUGUUUCAUUUGAUUAUAUUUUAAAGACAGAUCAGAGAUUCAGAGAGAAGAGAAGAGAGUUAGAGUUGGAGGAUAUGUAUUUCGAUCAAGGAUUGGACGAGGAGGAUCUAGAGGAAGACGGUGAAACUAGUGGAUUAGAGUCAAAGAAGAAAUCACAUAGACAUGUAGAUAGAGAUGGUGAUGGUGAUGAUGAUGACAAUGUUGAUUCAGAUAGCAGUUCGAAUGACGACGAAGAAAUGUCUUGGGAUAUCGAACUAUCAUAUGCUGGAAUAGGUUAUUUAUUUUACAAUCUAUUGUUACGUCCAACUGAACAAUAUAAACUAUCAUCCGUUCAAUCUCCACAAUCACUAUUACAAGAUAAUCUUUCAUAUUUAAUUACAUUAUUACAAAGUCCAUCUUAUAGAGUUGGAUUCAAAGCAAUUCAAAUAAUAUCAUUCCUACAAAAGAGAAUUAAACCAUCGGUGUUCCAUGUGGAUUUAGCAUUGUUAAGCACUCAGAGUAUUCUAGAGACAAAUACAGGUGGCGGUGGCGGUGGAAAUGGAGUAGCUACUGAUGAGAAUUCUAUUUGGUUGGUAGAUCAGUCACCGGCGAUCGUAGAGGAACCAUAUCAUUUCCUUCAGCUAUUCCAAACAAUGAUAAAAUACCUGGUUACUUGUCCAGUGCAAAAGAUUCGAUCGUUCGCUUUCAACCAAUUCUCGCUGAUAUUGAAUAUAAUGACACCGGCCACCCGUUUCAAUCUGUUGGCUUCGCUGAUUCGAACUUGUAAGUUCCCAUCGUUCACAGGCCUGUUGAUUCACGUCGUCAAGGAGCAAAUCGAUGGCUGCUGGUCGUCCACCGACGUAGAAUCACGUGCCUAUUUCGUAUCGCCAAAGAUCAUCGAACUCGUUGGUAUCCCUAUGCGACUGGAGGGUAAUCCACUCGAUCGUUUGGACGCGAUUAUGAAUGCACUGAAUCUCUAUAGGUUCUUGCUGAUUCGUGACAAGAAGGAAAGACAGACCGGUGUUUGUACUCGUGCCAAUCUGAUGGUUGUUAGAGACACCUUUUUGCUACCGCUCAAAGCAGAGUUCAACAAGAUCAAAGAGCAAUUCGAAAUCAACGCAAAAGGUGACAAAGAAGCACUGAGAAAAGCACUCAAAGGUAUCUCUAAACUCGGUGUAAAGGAAAUGGACGAAGAAGAGAUCCAGCGAGCAAGUCAACUCGUUGUAUUCCACAUUGAAAUGGCAGUUGAUGUUAUAGAUAGAAUCAUCGAAUUACAAAACGAAAAUAAUAACGAAGAUUAA